AUGCUUAAAUCUCAGGGAGAUGUAUGCAGCAUCUAUCUCAUAGGAUUUCACAGGUACAUCACCACGUCCAUUGUCGUGCUGGUCCUCUUCUACCAGUUCGACAGCACCUAUGCUCGCAGGCACGACACCUGCAAUAUGACGGUCAUCCUGGUGCCCUGUGCUCUUGCCGCUCUGCUCUUGACCAAUGACUAUUCCCUCAUGGAGGUGCUCUGGACGUUCUCGGAGUUCAUUGAGGGCUUUGCCAUGGUGCCGCAGUACAUCUUCUGCUACCGGGAGCGGGUCAACAAAGAUUUGGGCACUAGCCUCUACGUGGUGAUGCUUGGGAGCUACCGAGUGUUCUAUGCGUUGAACUGGAUCUACAAGAAGAUCAACAUGCCUCGGUACUCGGACAUCCAAUCCUGGAUUGGUGGGCUGGUCGAGAUCAUGUUCUUCCUUGAUUUCCUGAAUUAUAGGUUUACCGGCAACAGCAUCUUGCGGUCGUUCGUGCUCAAAGUGGACACCAAGAUCAACGAGAUAAGCGACCAGGUGGAGUCCAAAGUGCUCGGCACCACUCGGCCGGAGAGGAUCGAGACGGAAGGCGGUGAGAUGCGAAGGCGGCGCAAGCAAGAAGAGGAACGACCCAUGGAGGACGUUUGAGUGCUCGUCGACUGACGCUUCACCAUACCGCGCCAUGCCGCGCCAUGCGCUUUCAUGCGCUCAGCCAGUGACUAGCUUGGCAUAAGAGAGCUGAAUCUGAGCUCACGGACGGAUGCAUGAUUCGGAUAUGUGUGG